AAAAAAAGGGGGGGGGUGUAUUUAAGGAUAUGGUGAUUUAAAGCUUACAUGGUUCAGCAGCUUCUAAUUUGUAUUGUAACUGUUUUAGGUGCAUUUUGAAUGACAUCUGACUAUUCGGGCGGCACGGUGGCUCAGUGGGUAGCACUGUUGCCUCACAGCAAGAGGGUCCUGGGUUCGAUCCCCAGGUGGGAGGGUCUGGGUCCUUUCUUUGCAGAGUUUGCAUGUUCUCCCCGUGUCUGUGUGGGUUUCCUCCCACAGUCCAAAGACAUGCAAGUGAGGUGAAUUGGAGAUACAAAAUUGUCCAUGACUGUGUUUGACAUCAAACUUGAUGAAUCUUGUGUAACCAGUAACUACCUGUCCUGUCAUGAAUGUAACCAAAGUGUGUAAAACAUGAUGUUAAAAUCCUAAUAAAUAACAUCUGACCACCCAGACACAUUCUCUAUUAGCCUAAGGUGACAGGUUUGGUUUCCUUCUAGACCUUGGCAACAGAGCAUGAACUUGAGUUUAGUCAAACUAGCCCUAUCUACAUGGGCACAGAGAAGUAAAGGAUAUAAUAAUGUGAUGUAAUAAAAUAUAAUGUAAAUGUAUGUAACUUAUUUCUUUCUUUUUAUAUGGAGAGUGAACUCAACUCUGUAGUACUCCACGUUCGAACAUUUCCUGAACCAUUUUUGCUCUCUCUGAUCUGCUAAUAAAUGAUAUUUAUAGAUGGAGCCCGAGGAUUGGACAACUCUUACUUUGAAGCGGACCGGAAGUCGGGGAUCCCCUUUAAGUCCGCUCGCCUGAUACGUCUCAGAUCAGAUGAAGUAGCUGCAGCAUCAGCGGUUGAGGCGGAGCUGGUUUGUGUAGAGCAUCAAUUAUACUGAAGAGUUUCUGUGUACAUCAGUUAUACAGAGUUUUAAUAGAAAUCUGCAGAGAAAAUGGUGAAGAUCUCAUUUCAACCCGUAACGGUGCCUAAACCAGAAAAACACAAUGAUGGAGAAAAAGAAGAGGUUACAAUGUCCUUCUCUCAGGAUGAAGAGUUAGUCCUUCCUCUCAAACCUAAGAAGUCACCAGUAAAUGGCCUGUGCUGUUUGAUUUUCGGUCUGUUGAUCUUCAUGUCCGGCCUGAUAAUUCUGUCCGUUUACCUCUACCGCCACUAUUUCACUCCUCAGGUUCCAGAGGACAGUCUGUUCCACUGUCGGGUGAUGUAUGAGGACUCCAUCUUUGCACCGUUGCUAGGGAGACAGGAGCUGCAAGAAAACGUUGGCAUCUUUUUGGAAGAGAACUAUGAAGAAAUCAGCGUUCCCGUGCCCAGCUUUGGAGGAAGCGAUCCAGCUGAUAUCAUUCACGAUUUCCACCGGGGCCUUACAGCAUAUCACGACAUUGCGUUGGAUAAGUGCUAUGUCGUGGAGCUCAACACCACCAUCGUCAUGCCUCCGAGGAAUCUGUGGGAGCUGCUUGUUAAUGUCAAGAGAGGGAUGUACCUUCCUCAGACCUACUUAGUCCAGGAAGAGAUGAUGGUGACGGGCAGGGUGAAGAACAUGAGGCAGCUCGGCCCGUUCAUCCACCGCCUGUGUUACGGCAAAGAGACGUUCAGGCUAAAACGCCGCAACUCUCGCAGACGUAUUGAGAAGCGAGACGCCAGAAACUGUCACAGCAUCCGUCACUUUGAAAACACAUUCGUGAUGGAAACGCUGAUAUGCGACCGGGCCUAAACCUCCCCGGGCCCCGUCUUUCCUCCACUCAACUGAGCAGAUCCUGAAACCCGUCCCUCCGCGUUUAGCUUUUAUUGCACUUUAAAGCACAUCUACUCUGUACAUAGUGUGUAAAUCCAUUGUGUGUUUUUCCUUUGGAAGGUACACUGUUGACCUAGAUGACACUUUUUUUUUUAUUCUAAUGUAACAGGUGGAAUAAUAACUGCCUUAAUGUUCAGUUUGGUGGAUAUUAGGCUGAUCUGUAUAUAUUAAUAUUUAUUAAAUGUUUUUUUUUUUUUUUGGUUUGGAUUUUCCAUCUUUAGAUGUUAAAAUGUCAAAGACUGGUCUGAUGUCCCGGCUCAGAUGAUUCGUACUGUACUGACCCUUAUUUAGUUUGAGACUGUGGCAUGCACUAUGCACUGACUUCCAUUUCUUUGUUUGUUGUUUAUGGUCCACUUUGAUGUUUUGCGCACUACAGAUGUUACCCUGUGUGAAAUACGAAAUCCAGAUGCGGAAAAUGAUCUUAAUGCCAAAUAAGUAUACCUCAUGUUUUAGAAGUGUUUGAUUUUCAUUGCCUGUUUAUCAGUGUGACUUAAGCAAUAUGAGCAUGUAGACUUUUCUUUUCUCGGAUUUCAUAUUUUAUCAUCGGACGACUUGUAUGUUUUAGUCUUUUUGUGACUUGACUGUGAAUAAAGUUUCCAGAAAACUGUAAAUGACUGGCAAUUCUGUUAAAAAUAUCUAUGUCUAGCUUUAAUUCUGAAUUUUAUCUAAGCUGUUCUACUUGAUUAUUAUUCAUAUUUUUUAAUUGUACACAUUUUAUUAAUGUUAGGCUGUAGUGAUGAACACGGUAUUUCUCCACACGUUCUAUUGUAUAGUAUUAUGUAUAGUUUCUGUUCAGUUUUGCAUUGGUUCCCACAAAGAUCUGCAUCAGUAAAUGACUUUUUGUACGACCAAAUGUAAACACAACGGUCUGUUUAAUCCAGAAAUGAGAAAAUUGCUGUUAAAAUUUUAAAAGCUGCUGAUGUGACGAGCCACGUCCGAUUUCUUCCUCUGCAUUACAUUGUUUAGUUUGCAUUUUCAACACAUUAUAAUAAAGGAAUAAAAGUA